CUUGAAUCAUUCAUACUUCAGACUUCUAACACAGGUACACCUUACAGAAGUUACCAAAAAGAAACUAUGAGUGAAGAUUCAUACCCACCGAAUCAAGACCCUGUCCAAAUCAAACUGGAGUCUGAUGAGCUGAUUCCCGAACAAUCAUCCACGGAAACCCCACCAUUACAGCUAGGAAAGAGGCCAGACCAAGCCCCACUCCCUAAAGAGAUGUCAGAUGCGGAAAAUAGCAGAGAUCCCCCCGAGCUGAUCCAGACAAAGACCGUAUCUGAUUCGUACAAGAGCAUUCUGCAUCUUAAUCACUCGCAGAGCGACUCACAGAUGAAGGCCCCGUUUCUGGGUAUUUCAGUCGACUCAGAUACCGUGCUACCACCACCGGGAUUUUCUUCUGACGGUAAGCUCGGAAAAAGGAACUCCGGUUCAUUUGUUAAGGAGCACGGUAAUAGAGACUCGAUGAUAUCUCAGUACUCAGGUGUUGUGGAAGACCUUACGGAGGUUCCUAUCCAGCAAAUCUACGGCACUGGCACACCCGAUCCAGAGGGCACCGUUUCCAAGUUGACCAUCGUUCCAAGUCUUUCACGUAAUGUCUCGAAACUAAGCACCAAGGAGACUGCUCCCCCUGUUCCCUUCAAGGCGGGGCAGGAGUCAGUUCCAGAAGCUUCGAGUCCUAAUCACAAAGACACGUAUACCCAGACACCCCGUCGGUCAUCUCUCGCUGCUAGUCUCGAUAGCAGCAUUCAGAACUACGAGGAAGACGGCUACGCACACCUCAAUGACCAUGGGUCCGAGAUAUCUUCGGCGUAUCUGUUGCCCAGAGGGCUGCUUCCAACGCUCACAGUCACCCGGAAACAGCGCAUCGCUCUGACGGUCUCGCCGGAUCGCACGGCCACCACCAGUUUGCUCCCAGCCAUUCCUCCCAGAUCGCGUCAGAGACCUGUUAGUGGAGUUAUUCUGAGCAUGCUGCAUUUGGAUACCUCCGUCCCUGAUGCCUUCAGCCCACUGCACCAAAAGAAAUACAGUGAGGACUCUCCCGUAACAUCACCUUUGCAUAGAAAGACCGGUCGGAGAGACCUCCAGGCGCUCCCUGUGGAGCCGGUCUUGCUUCCUCCCAAACAAAGAGGUUCUACACUUGUGUCACCAAACGAGUCGCGUUUCUCCACGGUUUCUGCCGCUGAUUCGUUUGAAACCGCCCCUACAGGCUCUCCAAAGCGUAUCAAUACACCGCCUGCGGGCUCUACCAGGUCUUUACCGCAGAGACCAUCCCCAGAGAAGAUUGCGGCUGCCCGCUUAGCGUCCCUUGACUUGGAAGAGAGGCUCAAGGCCUCGCCCGAGUCUGUGUCAGCAGACCAAAUGCUGCCGGUCAAGCGCAUCCAGAGCGUGGAUUACGACGAUGGUUUUGAGGAUAUUCCUGGUCAGGAUGAGCGUCCUGGGGGAGUGAUAAACGCUGAGAAAGAGGCAGCGAUCAAGCAGCGGUCCAGUGGGACUGUGCGACGCUCCAAGUCUGUGAAGGUGCCGAAAAAGAAAGAUUUUUCAGUAAACCGUUUGAUGCGCAUUUUGGAGUCCACCAACGGAACGUUGAUUGGCGAGGAGUUUGAGUCAUUGGAUCUUCCGCUCAAGGAAAAGGUGCUCUUGGAGAAGAUUGUCGAUGCGUUGAGUCGGUUGACUGCAGAUAUGGUUUUGGAUGGGUCGAGAUUUGAUGAAGGGUGUUCGCGGUUGCAGAAAGCGUUGAAUGCGUUGGAGGGGUAUACGUAACGGAAGUAAAUGUGAAACUCAAGUGAAGGCAUUACGACAUGUAUUGUGGUUUCGUUCAGCAAUCAUUGAAUAUAGAUGAAAUUUGUAAAUAUAAGGCGUGAGCAUCUAACUCUGAAUAUAAUAGAGCAGUG